ACGGCGCUCAGCGCGCACGCGCCGCGCGCACCCACGCUUGCCAGCUGUUCAACAGGAGCGUUCGACGAGGCGCAGAACGAGCGGGCGUGUUUGUGUUUUGCGUUUCGCGAUCGUGACAGCGUUUGGAGCGCGAAACAGCGGACGUGCAACAUUCGUCGCGAGCGAGAAUCGAGAGGGCAGAUCUCGCGACAAUCGCGAAUUGUUUCGACUGAUACAAGUAUGGCUGGUAUCGUACCGCUGUCUGGCAGAUCCGGCAGGAAACAGUGGACGCUGCACGAUGGACCUAAAGGUUCCCUCAGACGGUUACGUUCUCGAUUAGCAGAAGAUGGCUGUCCAGAAUCUCAAGUGAUUUUGGCUAAGCAAUUACUGGAAGAACGAUGCGAUCUUGAUGUUGAUAAAGAAGAAAAUGCAAAGUUGGGUGUUUAUUGGUUGACAAAAGCCUCGGAGCAAGGAAAUCUAGAAGCAACUGAUAUACUUAGAAAGUGCUUAGCCACAGGUCGUGGUAUUACAGAACAUAAUUAUUACGAUGUGAAAAGUUGUCUGGACAUGACACAAGAUGAAAAGUUGGCUAGAAGAGCAGCGAGGGAGAUGUUUAUGAGUUUAUCAAAUGGCGAGGACUUUAUCACCACAGAACAACUGCAAAGACGUAUGAGAAAUUUGUCAUCUUCGUCGACUAGUAACCAAGAUUCUCUUCAUGAUGAUUCUCAAUCAAAUAUUACUUCUAACAACUUGUCGCAGAAGAGACUAAAUGACGACGAUAACGAUUGCUUCCCCAGAAACGGGCUUCCUGAUGAUUCUUCUACUUCGAAAGACGAAGAUCGUGCAAACGAUAUUCAAAAUCGAGUGGACUAUCAAGGUGAGAAGAUCACAGAGGCUGCUCUGGUGUCUGCGGCUGCGAGUUACGCACGCGGAAUGCUUCCAAUAGUAUCACACGCUCUCUGCAUGGUGGAUCCUUCCGAACUGGUGCUGGAUACAAUACCGUUGCUGCAGAGACCAUUCGUUCAUCCGCUCACAUCGCUGAAGCGUUUCUACAGUUGGCUGAUCGAGACUCUGGGUCACAGAGGGACGUCGAUCAAAAACAUCCUCUUUACAUCGAACUUACACAUUUUCUUAUUAUUUUUACUGUAUUCUUUAUUCGGUACAGAGAGCCUAAUACUUUUUAUACCGAUGGCCCUCUACUAUCUAUCAUUCAUAGUCAUGGUAGUGGCCACAUUUCAAAUGCUCCAACGGAAACGCGAGUUCAACGACUUUCGCGUGUGGUCCGGCCUGUUUUUGAGUUAUUCGGGCGGAAAUCUGAAUCCCGAGGAGGCAGAGUAUCAAUUUUGCCGUAACAAUCUGAAACCCCACGGACACUUUUUUCUCGCGUUAUUGCUAAACUUGAUAAUUUAUCCUCUGAUAGCUCACCAAUGGACUCCGCAAUCCGAAUUCACCGUAAUAGCAGUCGCGCUGACUCUCAUCACACUCUCCAAUUUCAUGUGGAAGGACUCUUCGCGGUUUCCCGACUUCUUAGCUCUGUUCAGUUUCGGCGUACACGUCCUCGCGAAGUACCCUUACGAAAUGGACAUGGUUGUCGCGCAAGGUUGGAGAUUCUUGGACGUCAGAGUGCCAACAUUCGCGUCUUACGUUGUCGGCAACGGCAUAGAGUUCUGUCUCAACUUCCGCGCUGUGUUUUAUCUUUUAAUACCGGCGGUCUUCGCGAAAAUGGCUGCGAGGGAUGGUUGGCGUGGCACAUAUCGAACUCUGAUACCCCAUUGCGUUACUCUGAGCUGGUGGCAAAUAGCAAUCUUCAGUUCUCAAGGCGCCACAUGGUACGGCUUGAUCAGAGGUGCCCUCGCACUAGUCGGCAUGGUCCUCUUUCUUCCAAUAGCCGGUAUAGCUUCCGUCAUUUUACCGAUCAUAGCCAUUACAAAGUAUUUGUCGGAAAAUGACCUGGCAAUGAGAAUAGCAGUCACCACUGUACUCGGAGGAAUGCCAUUUUUAGCUUCGUGGUAUCUGAGGAAGACGAGAGCAUCAAGAUUUAAUUGGAUCAUUACGUUCGUUCAAAUCAUACUAGGCGUUGGCGCUGCCACAUUUUUAUCCUGGCCUAUGAUAAUGGAAUAUAAACAGGAUUCCGAUGAAAUAUCGUACGAAAUCGCUUCUAGUUUAACAUGGGAUCAAUAUCGGAACUACUGUCAUCAACCUGCAUGGGAAGAACUGUCGUCGAAAGCGCAAGUGCAAGUGCAAUGCGCCCAGUUAGAAGGCAUACCCGUUUCAUGGGAAGGUUACGUGACAAAUGUUAAAUUAAAAUCGAUAAAGAACAAUAUCGCAGCCAUAUUAAAUAGAUUACCUGAUAAUGUUAGAUCGAUAGUCAGCUGUAUGUACGGGGAACCAUACGAGGAAAAGUGUAAUUCGGGCGACGAUACUCGUAAAAAGAAUUGCAAACACGUCACGAGUAUUCAGAGGCGAAGAAGUAAAUGCCACUUACCAGCUUGGGAUCGGUACGAAUUUGAAAUUUCCGUCAAAAUGAAAAACGGCAUAUGGGGAAGUACAACGGAAAUACGUCUUGUCGCGGAUCAUUCUUUUACCAACUUUAGUUUAAACAUAUAUCCGGGCGACAAGAUCUGGUUUUCCGGUGUACUUCUAAAUGAUGGUUUAGAAAAAGAAUCUCUUCUCGGUGGUGCCGAACCGCACAUCGACCUAGAAGAGGCAGGGUGUCUCGCGUGCAACUCCCUUGAUCUGGAAACAUCUUACAAACGUUAUAGGUACCGUGUAAAUUUAAGCUCUAUUAUCAGAGAUCUAUGUCUCAGUGUAAAGACUGUAUUGAAUUUUCUGUUAAAUCCAAUUGUGAUGUUCAAGUAAUCACGUUUUACGUGAUUGAAUUCUUUUAGAUCUCUCUAACUUCUUAUAUUUAAUGUCUGUACUAUAUUUCGAUAAAUGUAAUUAUCACUAU